CGGCGCCAGCGGAGUUGUGAGCAGCUGCGCCAGUGUGAGUCUUGGAGCCUGUAAGGCGGGCGCGGUUCACGAGACUCCGGAGUUCCUCAGAGGAGGCCGGGAUCCGCUAGACCAGAGGAGACCCUGUGCCGCUGGACUCCUUGCCGGUGGCUCUGAACUGAGCCGAGUCGCCCGCUUGUGUGUUCGUCUGCAGGCACCAUGUCAGAGCAGUCCGGAGACCCCCGUCCCAUCCCGAGGAACAGCAGGGUCUGCCGCUGCCUCUUUGGCCCGGUGGACAGUGAGCAAUUGCGGCGAGACUGUGACGCACUGAUGGCCAGCUGUGCGCAGGAGGCCCGUGAGCGGUGGAACUUCGACUUUGUCACCGAGACCCCACUGGAGGGCAACUUCAUCUGGGAGCGUGUGGGGGGCCUUGGCCUGCCCAAGAUCUGCCAGGGGCCCCGGGAUGACCUGGGAGGGGGCAAGCGGCCCAGUGCCUCAUCUGCCCUGCUUCAGGCGACAGCCCAAGAGGACCACGUGGAUCUGUCGCUGUCUUGCACCAUCCUGCCUCGCUCCCCGGAGCAGCCUGAAGGGUCCCCGGGUGUACCUGGUACUUCUCAGGGCCAAAAACGACGGCAGACCAGUAUGACAGAUUUCUAUCACUCCAAACGCCGGCUGAUUUUCUCCAAGAGGAAGCCCUAACCUGCCCACGGAGGCCUCACACUCCUGGAAACAAGGGGACCCCUACCCCACCCCCUUGCCACAGGCCCUUUCUACAUAUUCUGCCGUAGUAUUUUAGUUUGUGUGUCUUAAUUAUUAUUUGUGUUUUAAUUUAAACUCCUCGUGUAUAUACCCUGCUUGCUACUCCCACCCCUUGCCUCUCGCAUUAGAAUUAUUUAAGACAAAAUUAGACAGCAGAACAACAGGCUUAUUAGAGUGGUAGGUAUUUUUAUUAUGCAAACUAUUAUUUAAAGCCUCCUCACCCUAUGUUCUCUGUCAGUGAGGUGAAGCCCACAUGAUCCGGGGCUCCCUUAGCUGAGCGACUUAUGGGUGUUUGGAGAUUCUGCCCCUUUCCUCCAUUAUCAGACCUGGAUUAAAAAAAAAAAGAGAGAGAAGUAAAUAGCACUUUGAAGGGGGAUUCCCCACAGAGUGGGGCCACCAUUCAAACUUUGGAGUCCCCUCGCUUCCUCUGAGGCCUGGCGGGGUGACUUUGAGGUGGGCACAGCCUGGAGCAGGCCUGGAGAAUGGCACCCUCCUGGCCUGCCACACCUCACUCUGUCCUGAGAAGACUUGGGGAAGGUAGGGUCCCGUAGCAAACCACCCCACCUCCCCACAUCCCUCUGUCAUCCACAAGGGGUCCAGCCUGCUGGCUGGGACCCCAGUGUCCCUCCUUUCCAGCUGGCUCUCAUGUCCCUCUUGCCUUCUCUCCCUAACCCCCUUGGUCCUUUCUCUCUAGUCCCCUCACAGCCCUGGGUGGUUGUUACUCUGGGGUACUUGUCCUCCCAACACGGGAUGAUGAUGAGGAGGGGCAUGCUAGAAGUAGGGGUCCCCAGUUCUACCUCAAGCAGCAAUUGCCUCCUCUUCUUAGCUCUUGGAGUUGGGGUUCUAGGUGUUUGGAUGGGCCUCCCUGAGUGAGGCUGUCUGAUAGGGAUGUGUGUGGGGGGUAGAUUUCUCUUGGGGGCAGAGUGUUACAUCAGCCCCCAGAAUUCAGCCAAGGACUUUCCCCUUCUGCCCUCACCCUCAUUUCAUUGCACUUUGAAUAGCAGCUGAACAAGGAGUCAGGUGUUGUAAGAAAGCGGGAGUAGAGGUUGUGGGCUGGGCACACUGAGUGGGUUAAGAUGGGCCUGGGAAUUUUCGGUUGUCUUUCCUGGCACUGAACAUUGAACUCUUGCACCAAAGAACAGGGUGGGUCUGCCCGCAGAUACCACCUAGCUCCUGUACAGUCCUGGCCUGGACUGUUUUUUUCUUAGCUCCCCAUGUAACCUGGUCCUCCUGUCUCCACCUAGACUGUAAACCUCUCGAGGGCAGGCAUCAUGUCCUAAUCUGUCCUGUGUUCCUCAUGGCUCCUCCCACAAUGCUGAGUAUACAGCAGGUGCUCAAUAAAUAUUUCUUGGUGACAUUA